GUGGUAAAACGUUUUCAAAACCCUUCCUCUCUCUCUUUCUCGCCUUUCUCUCACCGGAUGCUCGCAAAACCCUAGCCCUCGCUCCCUCUCUCCCGUCCCUCUGCAACAUUAAGGCUUUGAUUCCGCUAUAUAUAUAUAUUGCCCUAGAACGUCUAUCUAUCGUAUAAUAUUUGGGUUUUUCCGUUAUCUUUUAUUGUUUUUGAAUUUUGAAUUCGAGGCCGAAGGUAGAGUGAGAGAGAUGGUCGCCGGGUCGCGAAUUGAAGGUGGGACUCAGAUAAUCUCAGCAGGAGUGAGAAAAACGAUUCAAUCCAUUAAGGAAAUAGUGGGUAAUUACUCGGAUUUUGAUAUCUAUUGGGCUCUCAAAGAAACCGACAUGGAUCCUAAUGAAACCGCCCAGAAAUUGCUCAACCAAGAACCAUUUCAUAUUGUGAAGAGAAAAAGAGACAAAAGGAAGGAGGUAUCCUCUAAUAGUAAUGGGCUGGUUCCUGUGGAUGCAAGGAGACAUUUUGAGAGUGCAGGCCAAGGACCCAAAUCAAAUACAUCCUCUGAUCGUCCCCCUUCUCAAAAUACAACUUCUGAUCGUCCUUCAUCUCACAGUACAUUUUCUGAUCGUCCCUCAUCUCACAGUACAUUUUCUGAUCGUAAUGUUAGAAGAGGAGGUUAUGCUCGUGGCGGUUCAACUGGUACAGGAAUCAGCAGAGAAUUCCGUGUUGUGAGAGACAACCGAAUUAACGGUAAUGUCAAUAAAGAAAUGAAGCCUGCUUCACCACAGUGUACAACUUCCACCAAUGAGCAAGCAUCAAAUGAUUCUGAAAAGGGCCAAACAGCAAGUUCAAAUAGUCAAAAGCCAUCUAGCAGACAAAAUUCGUCUCAUGGAUUGAAUGGGCAAACUCGAAUUAGAAGCAGUGGUGCUAAUUCAACUGGUAAUGUUAGAACAGAGACAUUAGUGGAGAAGCGAGUCACUCUUCCAAAUGUAGCUUCCCGGGUGCAAGCUGGGAAGCCAAACAAUUCCCAACCACACUCUCCAGUGGUGGUAUCGAGCAACUCUGUUGUUGGGGUGUAUUCAUCUUCCACAGAUCCUGUUCACGUGCCAUCUCCUGAUUCCAGACCAGCUGCUUCUGUUGGUGCUAUUAAACGAGAAGUUGGUAUUAGGAGGCAAGCUUCUGGCAACUCCAAGCCAUCUGCUCCAGGCAUCUCUGUGACUUCUGUCUCAAAUUCACUUUUGGGAAAAGAGGGUUCUACUGAGUCAUUUCGACCUUUCACUGGAAUCUCUAAAGCUGAUCAAGUGAGCCAAACUUCUGAGUCUGUGAUACCUAGCAUGUUGGGCAACAGACCGUUGUUAAGUAAUCAGCACAACGUCAGGCCACACCCACCACCUGUGGGACAUCAGAAAGCUUCCCAGACUAAUAAGGAGUGGAAACCUAAAUCAAGCCAAAAGCCAAGUUCUAGCAGUCCUGGAGUCAUCGGAACACCAACAAUGUCUAUUUCACUUGCUUCUGGUGAUUCUAAGGUUUCAGAGUCAGAAGCUGCUAAGUUGCAAGAUAAGCUCGCGCUAGUAAAUGUAUAUGAUAACUGUAAUGUUGUCAUAGCACAGAGUAUUAGGGUCCCAGACAGUGAUCGUUUUCAAUUAACGUUUGGAAGCUUGGGGACAGAGCUUGAUUCAACAGGGAAUAUAGUUAAUGGAUUUCAAGCUGGAGAUACAGAGGAGUCAAACAGGGAAGCUGCAGCAAGUUUGUCAGUAUCAGCUCCAGAGUUGUGCAGUGAUGAGGCUUCUGGUAUCAAGCCGGUGGAUUUAUUAGAUCACCAAGUUAGAAGUUCUGGCUCUGAAUCCCCAGUAUCAGGUGCAAUUGCUGAGCAUCAAUUGCCUGAGAAAACAGAAACUUCUAGUCCCCAGAAUUUGGGCAAUUAUGCAGAUAUUGGUUUGGUUCAAGACAACAGUUCAUCCUAUGCACCUUCCAAUUCACAGCAGCAAGAUCCAUCAGAAUUACAAGGUUUUUCGGCAUUUGAUUCUCAGACUGGUUAUGACAUACCUUAUUUCAGACCAAAUAUGGAGGGAAGUCAUGGACAGGGUCUACCUCCUCCUCAAGAGGCCUUGAGCUCGCAUACCGUCAACAGCAUGGCUGCAUCAACAGUUGCCAUGGUACAACAGCAACCACCCCCAGUGGCACAGAUGUACCCACAAGUUCAUGUUUCACAUUAUGCUAAUCUCAUGCCAUAUCGCCAAUUUCUCUCACCAGUUUAUGUUCCACCAAUGGCUGUUCCCAGCUAUUCUAACAACCCUGCGUAUCCUCACCUGUCUAAUGGCAACAGCUACUUGCUGAUGCCUGGAGGCGGUUCGCACCUAAAUGCAAACAGCCUCAAGUAUGGAGUGCAGCAGUUUAAGCCUGUCCCUGCUGGAAGUCCGACGGGGUUUGGGAAUUUUACUAAUCCUAACGGGUAUGCAAUCAACUCCCCUGGUGUUGGAGGUGCCACCGGGCUAGAAGAUUCAUCUCGAAUCAAGUACAAAGAUGGCAAUCUAUACGUCCCAAAUCCUCAGGCUGAGACAUCAGAGAUUUGGAUUCAGAGUGCAAGGGAGCACCCAGGCAUGCAAUCCACUCCGUACUACAACAUGCCUGCACAAUCGCCGCACGGUGCUUAUAUGCCAUCUCACGGUGCUCAUGCUUCGUUCAAUGCUGCAGCUCAAUCUUCUCACAUGCAGUUCCCAGGUUUGUACCAUCCUCCUCAGCCCAGUGCAAUUCCGAACCCGCACCAUAUGGGCCCUGCUAUGGGCGCUAAUGUUGGUGUUGGGGUGGGCGCAGUGGCUCCUGGGGCACAAGUUGGUGCAUAUCAGCAACCCCAACUGAACCACCUGAAUUGGCAAUCGAACUUCUGAAUAAAAGAAAAGGAAAAAGAAAAAUGUGAAUCUAACUCCUUGGUUGUAAGGGCUGAAGCAGUGGAGGGUAUAGAGAAGGGUUUCUCUCUUGUCAAAAGAAAUAUAACCCAUUAUCUUUCGUUAUUUAAUGAAUCAAGGCAUCAUGCGGUGUUCCAUUUUCAAAA